GACGCUGCCGACGCCAUUCAUUUUUAGUUUUGUAAAGAAAAGAACGAUUUCAACCACUUAUUGGCAAUAAAGUACAAAUAAAACGCCAAACUCUGAGCGUGAUCAUUGUGAACGGAGUUUAAUUUUGAAUUGUAUACUACUCUCGCUGUGCUUUAAACGAACUCCUUUGCCGGCAAUUAUAUUGCAUAUUCCGGCAAAUAAAUUGCAUCAGUAUUAGUGACUGGAUACAAAUUGCAAACCCCCAGGAAUACAGAGAAAUAUUUUCAAAUAUUUUGUAGCCGCCUAAACACGCAACACACUGCUUUUGACUUGGCUGCUGUCCAUUUGAGUGAGAAAUCUAAACACACGCGAAGCAAAGUGAAAGCCGACGCCGCCGACGCAACCAAUUUAACUUCAACACAUACAGUAAUCAUUCCUUUGCUGCUCCGCUAACAGGAAAAAAACACUAGCAAUGGCCGAGGCAAAAACACCCGAAAAGAUGCUUUCUACUAAACCGCCGGUCUAUCAUCAAAAUAGCCAUAGUCCAAAUGCUACGCUCCAGCUGCCGAGCCCCAUCAUCACGCGGCGCACACGCACGGCCUCGACGUCAGCGCGUGCGAUGGAAAAUCCAGUAGUGGCCGGCAUUGUGAAAUCCUUUAGCCGCACUAAAGGACACGGCUUCAUCACGCCGCAUGGCGGCGGCGAGGACGUUUUUUGCCAUGUUUCCGACAUCGAAGGCGAAUAUGUACCCAUGCCUGGCGACGAGGUCAAAUAUCGCCUGUGCGCCAUUCCGCCCAAGUUUGAGAAACACCAGGCAGUGCACGUGCAGAUAAGCAAUUUGACGCCCGAAGUGCACCACAAGUGGGAGGAGCCCGUCUUCUGUGGCUCUCCCGCCAAAUAGAUACUCUCGUCUGUAACGGCCUUCCACAGAAUUUAAUUAACUGGAGCACGCAGCAAAUGAAAACAAUAUAAAUAAAAAACAGUUGGUAAACGAACGCCGAUCAAGACAAACACAAAAAGAUAAAAACAGAACAGUAAAUGAAGCAUACAAAACGACUUAAUCAAUCAUACGCCACACAGCCAGCCAGCCAGCCAGUUUCAAUUAAAAGUCUUUAUUAUUAUUAAGCUAAGCAAAAAUAUAUAUUUAACUUGUGUCACAAUUGUGUUAGACUUUUUUGAAAAGACCAGUUUGAAGAUUUGAAAUGGAUUCGUCUUGAAAUCUGAAAUAUUGUUAUUUAAGAUCGAAAGAUAUUGAUUUGGAGCCUGUAACAGUAUAUGAAU